GGACCACAGAUACGUAUGCAGACUUUGAAGAGAAAGCUACAGCACCAGAAGAGGACGUUUCACUAUGGAGGAGCUCCGGGAGGACCAGCAUUCCCUGAACAAGCUCAGGAUCCUUUGUAUGCUUAUUUUGCUGCAGUAGCAGGGCAGGAUGGACAAAUAGAUGCUGAUGAGCUACAGAGAUGUCUCACCCAGUCAGGGAUUGCAGGAGCAUAUAAACCUUUCAACUUAGAGACUUGCAGACUCAUGAUCUCAAUGCUGGAUAGGGAUAUGUCUGGCACACUGGGAUUUAAUGAGUUUAAAGAACUCUGGGCUGUGGUCAAUGGCUGGAAGCAACACUUUCUAAGUUUUGACAACGAUAGCAGUGGUACAGUAGAUCGUCAAGAACUGGAGAAGGCCUUGAUGAACAUGGGGUUUAGACUGAGCCCACAGGCAGUGACUGCAAUUACAAGGCGAUACAGCACUCAAGGAAAGAUUACAUUUGAUGAUUAUAUUGCCUGCUGUGUUAAACUCAGAGCUCUCACUGAAUGCUUUAGAAGAAGGGAUACAUCUCAGCAAGGUUUUGUGAACUUCCACUAUGAUGAUUUCAUACAGUGUGUUAUGAGCAUCUGAAUCAAAAGGAAGCAAGCUGUGGAUGAUCACAAUUAACAUUCCAGUUUGUGUUUUGCUUUGCCAAAUCUUCCAGUGAUUGUGUAUCUCAGUAUUGGAAAUUGCAUAUUUUAUGAAGGUAUCACUUUACAAACUCACACUUUUUUCAUUUUGGCAAUGAAUAUAAACUACUCUUGUACUGUUGUCUUUAACUUCCAAUCUGUGAUAUUAAAGAUGUUUUUAUUUUCAUAAACUUGCAAUUUACAAUAUAUAACUUACUAAGUUCUUC